AUGCCUUCCUCAGCAUGCUCAUCGAGCGCUCUGUCAAUGCCCAGUCUGCCCGGCGCCGAAUUCCUGUCCCUCAAAGCGAAUGUCGUCUCCAACGUCACCGGGCACGUACCCGUCGGAGCGUACCUGAACCACGGUGAUGCCACCUUGGCCGGCGUCAACUACUGCAACAUCACCGUCUCCUACACCCACCCGGGCCAAGGCGACCGUCUCACCGUGCUGGCCUGGCUGCCCAUCGAUACCUGGAAUGGGCGGCUGCAGGCGAUUGGCGGCGACGGAUGGCAGGCUGGCUUGAACUAUGCUGCGUCUCUGAGCAUGCGCGGCGCUGUCGGAGAGGGCUACGCGACACUGACCACCGACGGCGGGCUGGGCACCUCGCAGUCCCCGGCCGACUGGGGCCUGCUCAGCCCCGGAAACGUGAACCUAUAUGAUCUGCAGAACCUGGCCUCGACCUCGUUGAACGACAUGUCCAUCAUUGGGAAAAGCCUGGUGGAGAAGUUUUACGGCCGACCUCCUCGGUACGCAUACUUUAACGGCUGCUCACAGGGCGGGCGCCAGGGCCUCAUGCUCGCCCAGCGGUACCCCGCGGCGUUUGACGGAAUUGCAGCGGCGGCGCCCGCCAUCAAUUGGACGAAAUUCUUCAUGACGGGGUUGUGGCCCUCGUACCUCAUGAGAAAGGCAGAUUCGGUGCCGCCGCCGUGCGAGUUCAACGCCAUCCGGGCCGCAGCCAUACGGGCCUGCGAUAUGAACGACGGGGUCCCUGAUGGCAUCAUUUCAGGCCGCUGCGACUUUGACCCCCAUUGCGUAGUUGGUCGCGUCAUCAACUGUACCGACUUUGGGCAGUUGCGGCGCAUAUCUGCCCAAGCGGCCGAUAUCAUGGAGGAGACUUGGAGAGGGCCGACAAAGAUCGACGGCUCGCCGAUCUGGUACGGACUCGGCAAAGAUGUGCUGGUUACCGGAUCGAUGACCGAUGUCGCGAUUGUGCCGAUCGAGUGCCAGAGGAACGGGAGUUGCACUGCGGGCAAUUUCACGUUGGCGGACGAUUGGAUCAAGUAUUUUGUUCUGAAAGACGCCGACGCCGACACCUCCGCCCUGAGCCACCAAGAGUUCGACGACGUCGCGCACAUGUCCCAUCAACAGUACGACUCCAUCAUCGGAACCAGCGAUCCUGAUCUCUCCGCCUUUCGCCGACUCGGCGGAAAGAUGAUUACGUAUCACGGAACCAGCGACUCUCUGAUUCCUGUCGACGGAAGUAUCGAGUACUACAAAAGGGUCCUCGCGUUAGACCCCGACGCGAGCGACUUUUAUCGGCUGUUCCUCUCGCCCGGCCUUCGCCACUGUUUCGGCGGCGCCGGCGCAUACCCGCACUCGACGUUUGAGUCUCUGCGGAGGUGGACGGAGGACGGCACGGUGCCUGAGACGCUGGCCGCGGCAAGCGUCGGCUCGGAGAGGACCAUUCACCGUAAUUUAUGUGCUUUUCCCCGGGUGCCGGUGUACAACGGCCAAGGUGACUGGACGUCGGCGGAGGCGUUCCACUGCGCUUGA